ACCAUCUCUUUUAAUCCAUUUUUCCCCCCCACUAACAGAAAUGGGAUACUUUUGGAAUGGUAGAUUGAAGGGACGCUCUACUAAAUUAAAACAACGUGUUAGCGUUGAGUACAAACAAAACUUAAUGUCUGAAGUAGUUCCGGCUGGGCGGGGUCAUGCUCUCUGAUGUCAGCGUCUGGGCGCGCAGUUCAGUUUAGCUGCACUGCAAUGGACCGAUCUGACCGAGGGAUGUGGGCGCGUUUGAAUCUCGCGGCCGAGGAGUUUUAUGCUCGUCUUCUACAGGAAUUUAAUGAAGAAAAGAAAGGAGUCAGAAAAGACCCAUUUAUCUAUGAGGCUGAUGUACAAGUGCAGUUGGUCAGCAAAAAAGCCCAACCAAAUCUUCUGAAAACUCUUCUAAAUGAAAAUGACUUAGUGUUUCUUGUGGAAAAAGUGGUUUUAGAGAAGGAAGAAACAAGUCAUGUUGAAGAACCACAGUCUGAGGAAACUGCUAUUUCUGAUCUUUCUACUGGUGAAAAUAUUAGGCCACUGGCCUUACCAGUUGGAAGAGCGAGGCAGCUAAUUGGACUCUAUACCAUGGCUCACAAUCCUAACAUGACCCAUUUGAAGAUUAAGCAGCCGGUGACCGCCCUUCCUCCUCUGUGGGUGAGAUGUGACAGUUCAGAUCCUGAGAGUACCUGUUGGCUUGGAGCUGAGCUUAUCACAGCAAAUGGUGCCGUUACAGACGUUGUCUUAUAUGUGGUCACUUGUAAAGCUGAUAAAAAUUACUCUGAAAAUCUGGAAAAUCUAAAAAAUUUACACAAGAAAAGACAUCACCUGUCUGCUGUAACAGCCAGAGGCUUUGCCCAGUUUGAGCUCUUUAAGUCUACUGACUUGGAUGACACUGUUACCCCAUCACAAACUACAGUCACUCUGGAUCUUUCCUGGAGCCCUGUGGAUGAGAUUCUUCAAACCCCUCCCCUGUCUUCAACUGCAACUCUGAAUAUCAGAGUACAAUCAGGAGAGCCCAGAGGUUGUUUGAAUCAUCUUCACCGAGAACUGAAAUUUCUCCUUGUUUUGGCUGAUGGCAUCAGGACUGGUAUAACCGAAUGGCUCGAACCUCUGGAAACAAAAUCUGCUGUAGAAUCUGUGCAGGAAUUCCUAAACGACUUAAAUAAACUGGAUGAAUUUGAUGAUUCUACCAAGAAAGACACACAAAAAGAGGCAGUGAACCACGACACAGCUGCCGUCGUCAGGUCUAUGCUUGUCACAGUUCGGGGGGAUCUCGAUUUUGCUGAACAGCUUUGGUGCAAAAUGAGCAGCAGUGUGGUUUCAUAUCAAGACUUGGUGAAGUGUUUCACAUUGAUCCUGCAGAGUCUGCAGCGUGGUGAUAUACAGCCAUGGUUGCACAGUGGGAGUAACAGUUUGCUGAGUAAGCUCAUUCAUCAGUCUUACCACUCAGCCAUGGACAGUGUCCCUCUCUCUGGAACCACUCCACUUCAGAUGCUUCUGGAAAUUGGCUUGGACAAACUGAAGAAAGAUUAUAUCAGCUUUUUCGUCAGUCAGGAACUUGCAUCUUUGAAUCAUUUGGAGUACUUCAUUUCUCCGUCGGUAACCACACAGGAACAGGUUCACCGUGUUCGGAAACUCCAUCACAUUCUCGAAAUAUUAGUCAUCUGCAUGCUUUUCAUUAAACCUCAGCACGAGCUUCUCUUUUCUUUAACACAAUCCUGCAUAAAAUAUUACAAACAAAAUCCUCUUGAUGAGCAACACAUUUUUCAGUUGCCAGUCAGACCACCUGCAUUAAAGAAUUUGUAUCAAAGUGAGAAGCCGCAGAGGUGGAGAGUAGAGAUCGGCAGUAGUCAGAAGAAGGUGCAAACAGUGUGGCAGCUGAGUGAAUGCUGCCCUGUAGACCAUUCCAGUUUCCACAAGCCUGAGUUUUCUGAGUUGACACUGAAUGGUAGUCUGGAAGAAAGGGCUGCCUUCAUUAACAUGGUUACCUGCAGCCAGGUGCACUUCAAGUAAGGGGCGCUGAGAGUCCUGUGCGUAUCCUU